AUGUCAACCUUACUCAAUAUAAAUUUUGAAGAAGAAGCUGAUGAGGACACAAGUCAGCUGAAAAGGAUUAAUAGAAUAAGAGGGAAAAAAUCUUUAAUCAAUUCUAUUUUUGAAUUUUAUAGAGCCAGCUAUUACAAAAAAAAUCCCAAAGAAAGAGCUUUAUUUAACCAAAAAGUGCAAGUCAUUUUUACAAAUCUCAUUUGAUGUAUUCAGAUUUCAAGCUUGCUAUGGAUUCCUGAUUUACAAAUAACUGGAUGAAAAGACAUUAUGACUGUUUGGGAAUAUUUAGGCUAUCUUCGCCUUGAUACCAUAUGCGCAGCUUCAAAUGUGGUCAAUUUCUGCAUCUAUGCUUCUCUUGGAAUAAUUUUGUUCAAUUUCACGGGAAUUUUAUUCCUCGCCAGCCUGAUUUACCAUUCUGUCCGAAUUCCAAGAAUUUUCUAUAGGACUUUUAGACGAACUUUAUAUAUUGGGUCUCAUUUUUCUUUAAUCCCAAAUGUAGCAUUGCUAACUCUUUGCCUCAAGUAUAGCUUUUUUCCUAAAGACUAUGCAUUAGAAUACCCAGAGGGAAAUAAUGGCUCUGACUUUAAAGUUAAUGUAGGAUUAUUAGUGGCAAUCAUUAUUUUAUUGAUCAUUUAUUUUUUUAUUUUGCUAUUGAAUGCUGUAUUUUCUGGCGAUAUUCGACAUUCUAUGGCUAAACAAAUAUUAGAAGCGAGAGCUCAUUCAAGAGUUGAGUUUCAUUUAGCUUUUUUUACUUAUUUAUCACCAAUUUUGCAUGCUUUCUUAGCAGUGUAUAAUAUUGUGUAUUUUCAAAUACUUAUUAUGAUAUUUUCUGGAAUUUUGAUGGCUGAAGUCAUGAUUUAUUUGCCUUAUUUUUCAACUUUUGUGAAUUGCAUUAUGGCAUUGAGAUUUUUUAUUGUUAUGAUGAUGGCUUUUAUAUUCGUGUUUGCUAGGAUUAUAGAUAAAGCUUUUGUUAUUACUCUAUUUGCUGCUAUUAUUUUGCCAAUAUUAUGUCUAAUCCUUAUACAAAUCAUUAUCAUCUUGCAAAGAAAAAUUAAAAAUGAGAUACCAGCAAGCAUAAAACUUGGCACAGACAUUUACGGAUUUGAGCAUUUAUUACGUUAUGCCCUCUGUCUUAAUAAUUCAAUUCACUCUGACCAAAUAUUGCAAAUAUUUGCUGAUUGCUUUCUUAAUUCAAAGCUAUACUCAUAUAAAUUGACUACAAUCUGGGAAACAAAUUAUUGCAUUUUUACACUAAAUAAUGAUGUUUUAGCAAAAAUAAAAUUAAGUAAAGGAAGAGAAUCUGAUAUUACUUUAGAAGGAAUCUAUCAAGAAUAUUCUUGCAAAAAAAUUUUAUCUGAUUAUGACUCAAAUGAAAGCACUGAAUUUUUGAAAUAUUUUAAUAAGAUCCAAGAUAUAAGAAUUGAAGACGAGAUUGUUUGUAAUGAUUUAUUGGAUUUUUGAAAAGAGCUAGUGUCUUUUAAGCCUGAAUUGCAAAAACUGAAUAAAAUGUUGAUUUCAAUAUCUGAUUCAAUUUUUUAUUUGAAUAAAGAAUAUACCAAUUUAGUGGUAAAGUUUCCAAAAAGCAAAGAGGCUUAUUUAAUGUACUCUUCAUAUGUUAGAAAUAUUUUAUCUGAUGUCGAAAAGGCAAAUUAUUUAGAAAGCAGAAUGAGAUCUAUAGGUAAAAUAGCCACCAAUUCCUUCAGAGAUAAUAAAAAUAUUAGCUAUUUUGAUGAAAGUAAUGGGUUAAUUAUAAUUUCAGGCGAAAAUAAGGAUUUCGGAAAAAUUACAUAUGCAAAUUCAAAAGCUGCAGAAAUUUUGAAAUAUCCUCUUCAAGGAAUAAUAGAGAACAGUAUUGAUUUUUUUAUGCCAAAGCCAUACAGUAUCUAUUUCAAAGACAUAUAUACAAAUAUCCAGCCAAUUUCUGACACAGAAUUAGAUCUACCACCCACUAUUUUUUUAAAAUUGCCCAAUCACAGCAUUAUUCAAUGUAGUGGAAGAAUUUCAGUGACUUCAAUACAAAAUUCAAUUAUUUUGGUAUUUGCUUUUAAAGAAAAAGAAUCCAAGCAUCAAAUCGCGUUAGUUUCUGAAGAAGGCGAAAUAUAUGAUUAUACAGAAAAAUUCGUAGAAAAUUCAGGAAAAACGGCCAAAAAUUUAAGAGGACACUCUCUUAAAAAAUUAUUUCCUUCCUUGACAAGCAAAAAUUUAGUUCCUUUUGAGCCUUAUAAGCUUUAUAGCACGAAGGAAACUUAUUUAAUUCUGUGCAAUUCAACAUUUUUAGGCUUAAGUAUUAAUUAUAUUGUGUUGCUGAACGAUUAUUUAGAAAUAGAAAGUUGAAAACAUGGAGAUGCAGAAGAGGCCAAAUUUGGAAAAAAUAUCAGGUUCAGUUCGGCCUCUAAUAUAUCUCUUAAAUAUGCAAGCUCAAUUCUUCCAGGAGAUGAAGCUGAGAAAAGCACAAGAACAGCCAGAGAAAUGAAGACUGUUGGUUUUGACUCAAAGCCUGAUGUUUCUCAAGCCAGCAUUGAAGAUACCAUAGCAUUAACAGAAAUUUGUGAAAAAUUAGAAAAUUUAGAAAAAAAUGAAAAAAUUGUGGAGUCAGAAAAAAUGUCACAAAAAUCCGGAGAACUUGCUAAAAUACACUGGAAAAUCAAUAAUUGCUAAUCGGUAAAAAAAGAAUUUGCCUAGUUUCAACCAAUUGAUUAGCAAUUAUUUGAUUUUUCUAGUGCGUUUUAGCAAGAUCCCCCAAAAAUCCGAUAAUCUGUCACAGUCUCAUGUACUGGAAAAUAUUGUUAUUUCAACAUCAAAAUCUAUCAAUAUUUUUCAUUGUGUUUUUAUUAUAUCAGUAAUUACUACAUAGAUAAUUGUCGUUUUAGCUACAAAUUCAGCGGUUCUAUUUUAUACUUCCUCUAACUCCCCCCAUCCUUGAUCGAACGACUCGCCAUCGUUCGAUCAAGGAUGGGGGUUAAAAAAAAUUUUUUGGGAAAAAAAAUUAUAUAUAUAAAAUAAAAAAUAUAUAUAUAUAUUUUUUUUAUUUACUUUUAAAUAAGAGGGUUAAGAGUAUUUAAUAAUUAUUUUUACAGCAAAAAAUUGAAUUAAUUUUCUAAAAAUACCAAUUUUUAAUAUUUUGAUUUAUUAGUUACCCCUUUAAACUGUAUAAAUUUUAAUUUGUUCCUUAUUAAAUUUAAUUUUUUUUUUUAAAAUUUUCUAUUUUUUAGAUUAUUGAGUUUCUAAGCCUAGGUUGAUGACUAAAUCACUUCAGAUGGUUGAUUCCGAAGCUUUUUGUCGUCUCAAAGUCUCUGAAAACAACUUCAUUGUGUACAUCUUCUCAAGCUUUUGAUAACUAAUAUAUAUUUUUAUAUAUAUAAAAAUUUGCAUGAUAUGAAAAUCGUUCGAUCAAGGAUGGGGGUUAAUUUCCCCAAUUUUUAGGAAUUUUUUACAGUCAAUCGUUCGAUCAAGGAUGGGGGGGAGUAAGGUAGAAAGUGCAAGUAAUAUUGAUAUACCAAUUACUGUUGGGAAUAUAGAAAAAGCAAUUAAUUCAAUUGCUCAUUUUGCAAGGGGAAUUUUGGUUAUUAAAGAUUCCCAAGGACCACAAGAAAUUAUACCAUUUCGUUUUAAAAAUUCUGGGCUAUUAAUCAAGUAAAUAAUUUUUCUUAUAUAGCAGCUAUUCAAGCAAAUAAGCUAUAUAGACUAUUGCUUUGACCAUUUUUUGUCGACACUUGCUGCUCUUGAUGACCUUCACCUUAUUGUAUUGACAAAUGUCACAGGCUCAAGCUCAUGCUCAAGUCGAAAUAUUUUUUCAGAUGAAAAUAUUGAUUAUUGAAAAGUUGAUGAUGGGUUUUAUUUAGAAAAAACAAAUUUAAUUGAUUUAUUGGCUGAUUUUAUUCGUAAAGUAAUUGAAAAUUAGGGCAAUUCUUUUGCUGGGAAACUGGAUAACUGAGAGAAUGUUACAGAGGAAUUGAUAUUUUUCGUUGUUAAUGGCUGGGGAGAGACGCUGAAGCGCUGUAAUAGUUCUUUUUAUGACUCAGUUGACUGUGAAUUAAACGGUAUCAAUGAUUUAAAAGUCAAAAUGGACGCUCUUUUAUCAGUCGGAUUUGGGGUGCUUGUCCUAUGCAAUCUCAUUAUGAUCCCAUUUGGAAUAUCAGUUGUAAAUAUGAAAAAUAAAUUUUGGAACCUUAUAAAAGAAUUUGCCCUUAUCUCUUAUAUUGAACUUAAACAAGCCUGCAUUGACCGGCUUUCAAGCAUCCAUGGAGAAUGCGACAUAAUGUUUACUGAUGGAAAUCGUAUGAGCAAAAAAGCAAAUUUCAAAAACUAUUGAAAAUACACGUGAAGAAUCGGGGCUUAUUUAUUGAUUACUUUUGUAUUUUAUCUGAUAAAUAUUUCUUAUCUAUACUUAAACUGCGCUGAUUUUUUAUAUUUACGGCCAACACUUUUAAGAAAUAUCAUAAACUCGCAGGUUUUAUAUAUAGAAUUAUCAGUCUGAUCAAGCGAAAUUCUGGCUGAAGAUAGUCUUUUUGAUCUAAGGGACAUAAUUCCUGAAGCCUAUCCAUUUAAGGAGCCAGAAAUAAAAGCCAAUGAAGUUUAUUCUGCAUUGGAAUAUUCAAUUUCACAAUUAAAAAAUAAAAAAUAUAAUCCGCUGCUAUCAGAUGCUUACAUGGCCAAAUUUUAUGAGCAUUUCAGCAAUUCGACUAAUUAUAUGGAGCAUGGGGCUUUGGCUGGAGGUAAUAUUAUAACUGUUGAUUCAUCUUAUAUGGACAAUGCUCAUGAAAAAGAUUGAAUUGGGACGUGGUAUAAUCUAAUGGUGGAGCUGGAUGAGCUGGACUUGAAAUAUGAUAUUUUGAUAAGUUCUGCUGAUAGUGAUUCUUUAUCAGUUAUAUGAAAUUACUUUUACUCUAUAGUCUUGAUUAUGAUCAAUUUUUGAAUUUUAAUUAAAAAAUAGCAUUAGACUAAUAAUUUUAUAGUAAAAUCAGCCUAGAGCAGCAUAUAUAAAAAGCCAGCUAAAUUGGAUUAUUAUUUCUUUGGUUAUCUAUAUCUUUUUUUCACUUUUACUGUAUUUAAUAUUUUAUCUGCCCUUUUUUAGAAAAGAAAUAAACAACUUAAAAAGAAUGAAAGUGAUGUCCUCAAUUAUUCCUGUCAAAUAUUCAAGAAAGUAA